AUGUCAGAUUUUACUGAAUUAAGGAUAGUGAAUUACAUGAGUCCCGCUCAUCCUGUGGAUUUAUAUGUACUGAUAAUGGAAAUGUUAGAGAGUGAGUUAGGGUGUUAUGCCACCCUUCAAUAUGAGAGUCGGAGCCCUGGACCCAUACCUGAGCGGCCUAAUCCCUUCACAAAUAAUAAAGUUGACUUAGGUUUCAUGUCGGCAGCAUCGUAUAUGGAAUUACGUAAAAAUAAAGCGGAAUAUGUAGAACUGCUUCCUGUGACUCCCGUGUUCGCUCACCAGAUGAAUAUAGACAAUAAACCGGGCUACUUCUCAGAUAUUAUUAUCCACCGCGAUAAAAUUGCUCACAACGUAAAUACUUUAUUGGACUUAAGAGGCUGUACAUUCGCGUAUAGCAAUGGUGAAUCUCUUAGUGGACUCAAGAUCGUAUUAAAGACAUUAAAGGAAAAGGGAGAGAAUGCCUCAUUUUUUGGAUCUCAUUUAAGAUCUGGAUCCCACCUAGCGUCUGCUCAGAUGGUUCUAACAAAACAAGCUGAUUGUGCGGCUGUAGAUUCAACAACGUUAUUGUAUUCAAAGAAGUUUAUGCAGGACGGCGGUAAAGACAUUGUAACACUGGAAACAUUAGGACGAUUACCUCCCUACGCUAUAGUUGUGAACUCAAGAUUACCCGAUAAUUUGAAAAAGGCAAUGACAGAGGCGUUACUAACAGUUCCAUGUGAUCUGUAUUAUAAGCGUCAAUUCGCCAAGUACGGUCUGAUCAAGUUCGAUACUAACAGCGAUGGUGCUUACGACGGGGAGGUUGCACAGAUGUGGUCCAUCCAGGACCAAAAACUCACCGUACCAUAUUAUUAG